AGGAGAAGCCGAGCCGCGAAUUCAGCCGCUGUGAGAGCCGCGCUUCUAUUUAAUGGGGGUCCUGGCCCAGGCGGACGUAGAGACGCCUCCAGGACCGCGGGAGCAUGGCAGAGGAUCUGGAACUGGGCUUCGGGGAGACAGCCAGCGUGGAAAGGCUCCACCAGGAUGGCGGCGGCAGGCCCAAAGCCAGAGCCCGGCUGGCCGCCAGGAGGGACAGCACGCGCUGUGCUCUCACCUGCUGCCUGCUGUCCGUCCCCAUCCUGGCGGGACUCGCCGCCUACCUGCUGGUCGGCCAGCUCCGAACCCAAGGGGAAGACUGCACACAAGUCCCGAUUCAAAAAGAACAGGAGUCUGGACCUCCGCAUCAGCCAUUUUAUGCACCUCUCCGAGCUGAUAGAGAGAAGCCCAGGGCACACCUGACAGUUGUGAAACAAACUUCCUCAUCGCACCCGAAGAACCAGUUCCCAGCUCUGCACUGGGAACAUGAACUGGGCUUGGCCUUCACCAAGAACCGGAUGAAGUACACCAAUAAAUUCCUGGUGAUCCCAGAGUCGGGAGACUACUUUGUUUACUCCCAGAUCACGUUCCGCGGGACCACGUCCGAGUGCGGCAGCAUCCGCCAGGGGAGACAGCAGAAGAAGCCAGACUCCAUCAUCGUGGUCAUCACCAAGGUAACGGACAGCUACCCGGAGCCCUCCCAGCUCCUAACGGGGACCAAGUCAGUGUGUGAGAUUAGCAGCAACUGGUUCCAGCCCCUCUACCUCGGGGCCAUGUUCUCCUUGCAAGAAGGGGACAAGCUGAUGGUGAACGUGAGUGACAUCUCCUUGGUGGAUUACACAAAAGAAGAUAAGACCUUCUUCGGGGCCUUCUUGCUAUAGCGGUAAAGCAGGCCUCGCUGCCUGGCGGUCCCUGCCUCCUACUUCCCAAUUUGCUCCGUUUGGAUAUAAUUAUAGCCAGGGGUUUUCUUGGGGAUUGGGGUAGGGGGCAUUCCACAGGGACAGUGGCUUAGCUAUGAGAUUUAGGGCCCCGAAGUUCACACUGAUGAGAAUACUAAUAGGAAAAAAAAAAAAAAAAAACAGAAGAGAGCAGACAAAUCCUCACAGUGGUUUGAAGGAGCAUCGAGUUUCUGAAACGCUAAUCAGCAAACCAACGGACUCUCUGCUCAGAUCAGGGUUUAAAGAACGUUCCACGACUUCCUGGUCUGCACUUCUCACCAGUACUCCAUUUAUGGUUCAGUUUGGUCACAAUUUUGCCUUAGUUCAGGAGUUUUGGACAAAACCCAGAGAAAGUCCAAGAAAACUAUAUACCCUGAGGAGGAAAAUUCCUUUAUGGUUUUUCACAACUUCUGUGCCUUUUCUUAAGAAGAAAAAGAGAGAAAGAGAGAGCUGGUAUUUCACAUGAAUGUUGUGCAGAAAGGAACUGGUCUUCGUGCCAUGUAUGGUCUACGGGGAAAGCUACCAUUCUCUUGAUCGUGUGAGUUCCACCUGCAUAUCGGAAACUUAGCAAGUGCAUGUAUUCAGAGCAGUUUCCUUGGGUACCUAUUGUGUUCUAGGCAUGGUGAAGAACAAGACAGAUUAAGACAAGUUUUCAAAACUUAUGCAAAUACCACUAGAUGAUUCCCGGUCAAAUAGCAAUCAAGAGACUCCAAAGAAUAACUUUAAGCCGUCCAAAAUACAUAUAUCACUUGAAAAUGUUAUUUCUGGAACUAUCUUUGAAGCUAAGCAGUUCAUCAGGUCACUCAAGAAACAUGAAAAGAGUUUCGAGUAAACUAGACCAACUGCACACAAAACUUGAUUAAUGCCAGGAGACAACAGACUUCUUCUCUGGGGAGGAAAAAGAUGUCAGUCAUCAAAUCCGGAGAAGUUAACCUGGGUCCAUGCUAAAGUUGGAUUUGCAAGUUUAUGUGCAGAGAGUUAACUGAGUGUUGUUCCCUUAAAAUGGAAGGGGCUUAAGUAUGGGAUUAGUUCAUCGGCCCAGUCAAGACCUCACCCCCUAGAAGAAGCUGGACUUUGAGAAUGUCCCUUCAGUGGGUGCCCUUGUUGGUGUGAUUCUCCUGCACUGUUCCGCAGCCACUGUUGACUGGUAGGGAAAGCUGGAACCCACCAAUUUGUUUCCCAGGAUCAGAUGAGCUCCUUAAAGUGAAAAGGGUUGGUUUCCUGUGGGCUGUGUAGACUGAGAGCAUUUUGGUGUUACACAGCCAAGAACCUCCAGCACCACAGCCUCUGCUGGCAAUGCUUCUGAUCAUGGAAGAGCCCAUAGAUGGGGCUGAGUGCAAACUGGGUCCCCGAUUCACUCUUAGGCUGGUUGCCAGGCAACUCUAGAGCCAGAGAGACAAGCGAUGUGGCUUCUGAGCACAGCGACUGCUUGAGCCGUAGUGCUUGAUCCAUGUCUGUUGAGUCAUGAUUAAAUACCAAGCAACUUCCAGUUUGCCAGCUGAGAGAUUACAACUCCCCAGACUCUUCUGACCCCUGCUAGGCUAACUUCCCUGGGCUUCAACUUCUUCAGUCAGCUCAGGACUCAGAGACCCUGAGCUCAGGGAAGUUGGUGGCCUCCACCCGGUUCACAGAGUCUUCUUAGAGCGAUUGAGGCCUGAAAGAAGGUGGGCAGCCCUAGAUGACCACAGGGAAUGGGCAACUCAGAAGCAGGAAUCAUCUCUACUUCAAGCAGAAAGGUUUCUCAUCAACUCCAAAAUUAGUGUGACAAGAACAUUCUCUCCACCAGCCCGGAGAACAAUUUUAUAUAUCAAGAACGCCUCACCAAUGACUCUAGUGUGGCUCCCAGAUCAGAACUGACAUCCCAUUCAUAAAAUGCUCUGUCCGCACAGCGCAGGAGAGCUUCCAGCAACCUGGGCUGCCAGGAAAGGAUUUGCACAAAAAGCCCCGGGGAACCGCUCGCCUUCUCUACUAACUGGCUUGGGUGGAGGACCUUCAAACCUGCUCCCGGGCGAUCUGGUGGAUUUGAAAGUUCAUCCAGGGCAGAAAUUUCCUAAUAUCUUAAGACGCGUGAGUCUUUGGGAAAAUCUCUGCCAACUAUUUACUUUGCUCCUGUCAUCAACUUGUUUAUUGAAUUAUGUAGCUCAAGUUCUCACUGGUGGUUUGUGAAAUGCUUAACAAUUUGUCUUGUACUGUUCAGAAAAGCACAGCCAAACAUCUCUAAGAGCACUUAAGUCAGAACUUCUGUUUCCAAGGCAUUCUCUCUAUAGCAGACAUGACCAUGCUAUUUUUAAAAGCAAGGUGGAAAAAUACUUUCUAAGAACAUGUGACAGUCCCCAGAGGGGGCUGAUGGCAUGCCUUCAGAGCUUGGGAGAGAAGGGUGUGCUUUAGAAAAUAGGUAAGUUUAGGGGGAAAUGCUGUACAGGUGAAAAGUCUCUUGAAAACCUGAACUUGAAUCAAUUCCACAAACAUUUACUGAGUACCUACUUGCCCUGAGGACACAGAAAUAAAUUAUUUUAGUGUCAGACAUGUUCAUUCUAACUGCUCUGCACCUCCACUUUCUGCAGAUCUUUUAAUUUAGUGUGGUCACAUUAGCUAAUUAAUUAACUAACUUUGGGCACAUGGAUACUCUCUUAUUACAAAAAUGGGUACCAUUCAAUGCAGGUUGAGCAUUAACAAAAUGAUUUGUAUUUACACUGUUUUUUUUUUUUUUAAAUAGCCAUCAAAGGACAGUUUUCCAUAAACAAAUAGAGGAGAAAAACAAAGAUACUGUUUUCUAAGGUGGAAUCCACUAUUUAAGCUACAUGUAGAGAGAGAUUGUCAUUUACUGGCCUCAAGUUUGGUCAUCGAUGUCAUCAAAACCCUUGAAAAUAUUAGAACUUUAAGGAUUACCUAGAGAGGCCUUGAAAAGUCUGUGUUUCUCAACAAAUUCAUGAUCAAAAUUCAUGGGUCACCAGCAUUUUGACCUUAGCAUAGUUUAGAUCUAUUUUGCGAACAGAAUUGCUCGGCUACUAAAAUUCCUAAUUUUUUCGGACUAAGAUACAAUAGGAAAAGUGAAAAGUGUAUUUUUUCAUAUCCUGGGACAUAUCAGUUGAGUUCAGUGACAGGGCGUGUCAGAGCCCUUGGCUCCAUUUCCAUCUAAGGUAUGUCACUCCCCUGGAUUAUAAAAGGUCAGUUCACUCAAUAUCCCGUAAGGCACGGCCAUUGCCAACGUUCUCUUGCAAGGUGUUUUCUCAAGUCCUUACUCACCCUGUUUCCAUGAUUGUGACAUAGCUGAUUAACUUUCAGGACAGUUCUGUUUCUCUUCUGCAACUUGCAAAACACAUGCAGAUCUCUCCUGCCUCAAAAAUUUUUUGUUCUUUCAUGGCCCAGAGUCCUGGGAACUCUCUGCCACUUCAGCAGAGUUUUCUUUCAGCGUACAUUAUUAUCCUUGGUGUUAACAGGAUGCCAACACAGUGGCAGCUCGGUCUUUGGAGAAUUCGGUGAACUAUUAACCCCCAAAUCCUUUGGCACCAGUGGUGAGCGUGUAUAGAUCUGAGGAGCCACAUCCGUGCCCCGCCCCACUCUCACAACCAGAUCUACAAUGUCCCAAGCUCUGAGACACAUGCGCUCCCACCUCUUCCAUCACCCCAUUCUAAGAAACACUCAUCCAGGACCACACAAGGAGUUAACAGCAGACCUAGAGCCAGUCUGUCUUCCUGAGUCAUAGUUCUGGGAUCAUCUAGUUGCACUCUACUCUUGGCUAACUGUGAGCAAUUUAUGAUCAGAAGAGAACAAAAGAAAUAUCUUCAAAUACCAAGAGGGCAAUGGAAAAAGGAGAGGAGGAUUUUUCCAUGUAUCCCUGGAGAAAAAGGGUGCAGCUAAAAGUUAGGGUUCCAGGCUCACCAUCUCUGGCUUCACAUCCAAGUGAACUUUCUGCCCUGCAAAUAGAAUUGUUCCAAGUAGUGACUUCUCAUUCCCUGGAGAUAGUCAAGCAAAAGGCUCAUCCCAAGAGUUUUGUGGAAGCCACUCUUUCAUUGAGCCUAGGGAAGGGACUGAGUCAAAGGACUUUUGAAGCCUUUUUCAAAUCUAUGACUAUGUGGCCUUGCCAAGAGUCCAGUAGUUCAGCCUAGACGUAGCAGCCAUGACCCACUUGUCUAGAAAGCAUCCAACACAAAGUGACUCUGAGAUCUUGCCCAGCAGAGAUAUGUCAUAGAAUUUUAAAGCUGACAUGAUCUACAGAAUUUAUCCACUCCAAGUUACAUUAUUUCAAGGAUGAAAAAAACCCAGGCUCAGAGAGGUGACCUGCCAGUCAGCAGGUAGUCAGAACACUGAGACUCCAAUUCCUAGCUCCUGACGCCAAGCCCAGAGGCCUUUCAGUUUCUCCCAUGAAUCAAUUGUUUUUGAGCAUCUGUCACAUGGCCACACUUACACAGAUCUGGAGAGCAGAGCGGAAACCUGACAGGCAAGUCCUAGCCUCCUGGUGUAACACAGGAGGCAAGCAGCACUAUGCCGAGCAAAUAAGGUAGCUGCACUUAAAUGAUUUUAUUCUUAAAGUCAUUAAAAUAUGUAAUUUCCCCCUCUUUUGUUUCAGGGGUGUGUAGAUUGAACAAAUGUAGGUAUUUAUGUGAUUCUAGUAAUAAGCCCCACGUGCUUUCAUUGAUUUUAUGUUUUAUGUUAAAACGUCAUAACCGCAAGGUAAAAUGCAUAUUGUAUGUUGUUGGAUAUGUACUUAAUUGGUAUGCAUCCCAUGUCUUUGGGCACUACUGUACAAAUUCUAAUCCCUGUAAAUGAAAGGUUGCAUAUGUUAAUGUAUUUAAUAGAUGUAAUUUAAUAAACUGGCAUUGAAGGCUGCAGAA